UGUUGGACUGGACCUUGUUUUCCGUUUGAUCCGCUGGGUCUUUUUCUUGUCCCCCUUUCCCAGCUCCCCCCUCCCUUGCGAGGAUGAUGGUCUUGUCCUCGCGCGGGCGGGGGCGGGGCCUCUGGCUGGCCUGGGUGCUCGCAAGUCUUCUUACAGCAGUAGCUGAAAUGGAAGAAACCACUGACUCGCCACCUGAAAAGUUAAGUGAAACUGCUGUACCAUUCACUGUGAAAAGCAGUUCUGUACCUGCAAGCAGCGAUGGGCCUAAAGAAUCGGUGCAGUACAGGACUGCAGAGAUAGCUGAUGCUAUGAUGGGUAGCAGCAUACCUGCAGCUGAGCCUGUAGUUCUGUCAGUUGUUCCAGGUGAGUCCAAGGAGAGACAUGUCUUGGAGCAUGACACCGGCACCUGUGAUGCAGCUGUUGAUGGUGAAUGCAGUACGCAGGGUAUUGUUUCAUUUUUAUCUCAACCUGGGUCUCCUGUACAAGAGCAAGUAAUAGAUUCACCUGUAGUUCUGGAAGCAGUGCAUCCUUCAUCAGGAGAGGACUCUAAUAGCACAGAUGGUGUGAAAACCCCAAAAGUGAAUUGUGAGGAAAGAAACAUUACAGGGAUAACAAACUUCACAUUACAAAUCUUGAAUAUUUCACAAGAUUUAAUGGAGUUCUUAAAUCCAAAUGGCAGUGACUGUACCUUAGUCCUGUUUUAUACUCCUUGGUGCCGUUUCUCUGCCAAUCUGGCUCCUCAUUUUAAUUCUUUGCCCCGAGCAUUCCCAACUCUUCAUUUCUUGGCUUUGGAUGCCUCUCAGCACAGCAGUUUAUCAACCAGGUUUGGAACUGUGGCUGUUCCCAACAUCCUUCUUUUUCAAGGAGCUAAGCCAAUGGCAAGAUUUAACCAUACAGAUCGAACCCUGGAAACACUGAAAUCUUUCAUUUUUAAUCAGACAGGAAUAGAGCCCAAGUCUGAUGUGGUGGUAACUGAGGAAGAUCAGGAUGGUCCCCUGCCUAGCACACUGACUAGAGGCAUAGACUGGCUUCUCUUAUUUUCUUUACUGUUCCUCAUCAGCUUUAUCAUGUAUGCCACUGUCCGGACAGAGAGCAUCCGGUGGUUAAUACCUGGUCAAGAUCAGGAACAUCAGGAAUGAUAUGUGAACUGAGAAUUUUGUUUUCAGAAGAAGCUAAACAACAUUAAAUUAAAUGGUGGAUCGAC